AUGGGUGGUUUGUGGGAUGUAGGACUCUCAGAGACCGUAGAGCUCUCCGAGGCUUUGCCGGCGGCCGCCCAGCGUGCAGUGCAGGAGGAGCUUGGACAAAACGCUCAGCUCCACCUCCACGAGUGCUGUCGCAUUAGUACAGGUUGGAGCGGAUCAACUCCACACAUGCAGGUAUGUCAGGCGGAUCACAAUGUUCUGUAUCGAGCGAUGAUGUCCGAUGAGAAGGUGGACUUUGGCGAGCGUGAUGCUGAGGUGGACACCCUUGAGUAUUGGACCAUAGAUGAGUACCAACGGCGAGCAGAUGAAGAUCUUUUUCAUUUCGCACCCUGGGUUCAUGCUCUGAUCCUGGGCUGUUCCGACUGCUUCCGCUUGACACCAGCGAGAGAGGCUGUGAUAGCGGGAGGCUUUGAGAGUGCUUGGGUCAUGGAUAAAACCGGCUUUGCCAGGCAACGAAGGCACAGAAUGCACUAG